GUUGAUGUCGGAGGCAGACAGACCAAGCGGCAGCGGCUGUGCAUGAUACGCAAAAAAAGUCUGAAAAUCUGUAAAAAUAAAUAAAAUUAAUUGUGCAGAGUGCAAUUGCUCGAACCGAAACGAACGGUACUGUAUAAUGCCCCGCAUCAAAACUACGAAAAAACAAGCAGAGGCGGUGGCUUCCGAACCUUCUGACCCCACUCCAAAUGGCAAUGUCGCCGACGAAAACCAAGCGGCAGACCCCGCCUCUGCCGCCGGUGAAGUCAAGGUUCCGGGGAAGGGGAAACCACGGUUGAAAAAAGCUAUCAAGGCGCCUGUAGAGAUGGAAAACUCCGCCGAAGUCGAGGCUGAAAAGGCGCCCACAGCAGCUGCACGUGGCAAGAAGAAGCAGCAGCCAAAGGAUACAGAAGAAAACGGCGAGGCCAAGGUGGUGGUCAAGCCAAAGGGACGCGCCAAGAAGGCGACUGCAGAAGAGCCACCAGCUGGCAAGGUAACCAAGUCGCGGGCCAAGAUUGAGGCCACUCCAGCUGCCGAGGAAGAGGCUUCGGCAAAUAGCAAGGGCCGAACCAAGAUCGAAAAGCCAACGGAAGUGCAGGAGCCAAAGGCCAGAGGGCGGAAGCGGAAGGACCCCUCGGCCGAGGCCAAUGGAAUCUCGGAUGAGCCGGCAGAGCCACCUAAGCGGCGGACAAAGAAGGAAGCAGCACCAGCGAUCGAGGAAGAACCACAACCAUUGGCACCGCCCAAAGAGAAGGCCCAAAAGACUGAGCCAGCUGCCAAGCGGGCGCGCGGAACAAAGCGACUGGCUGACUCAGAGAUCACAGCUGCCCUGGAGGAGGCAGAAGUGGAUGAGGAGCCACCCAAGGCUGCCAGCAAGGGAACCAAAAAGGGCAAGGCGGUUAAAAUGGAAACUGAGACUGAAGUUGAUUCCGAUCUGGUGUCGGAAGAACUAGAAGCCCCGCCUAAAGCUGCUGCCAAAAAACGAACCAAAAAAGAAACUGAGCCCAAGGCUAAAACCACCAAGCAGAGCGCCAAGGCGAUUAAAACGGAACCCGAGCCUGUAGGUGAUGCCGAACUAGUGUCCGAAGAAUUGGAAGCCCCUCCCAAAGCCGCUACCAAGAAACGAACCAAAAAAGAAACUGAGCCCAAGGCUAAUCCCACCAAGAAGGAGGAGCUACCGGCGCCCGUAAAAAAGCGCGGGCGGAAGGCGUCUGCCGAUAAGGAAAACGGUGUGGCUACAGAAAUCGAGCCUUUGGCUGAAAGCAAACCAGUUCGAGGUCGCAAAAAGGCAGCAGUAAAUGCGGAGGCAGUCGAAGAUUUUGAGGCAGCAGAGCCCGCAGCUGAUAGCAAACCAGUUCGUAACCGGAAAAAGGCAGCCAGCAAGGUUGAGGAUGCCGAAGAUGAUGAUGAGGUUGGCUCGAAAAGUAUGUUGGCGGAGCAAUCCGGUUGCGGUGGCGCUGCCGUAUUGAAAAGCUUGCAAAACAUGCUCAACUUCUGUUUUCCAGCAGCCAAGACAGCCAAAAAGGCGGAGGGCAAAUCCAAUGGGACAUUGGAUAAAGACGCAUUCGCUUUGCCAGCCGACAAGGAAUUCAACUUGAAAAUCUCAAGCUGGAAUGUGGCCGGUCUAAGGGCCUGGCUUAAGAAGGAUGGACUUCAGAUAAUAGACCUCGAGGAGCCAGACAUUUUCUGCCUUCAGGAAACUAAGUGCGCAAACGAACAGCUACCGGAAGAGGUUACCCGCCUGCCGGGCUAUCAUCCCUACUGGCUGUGCAUGCCCGGUGGUUAUGCCGGCGUCGCCAUUUACAGCAAGAUCAUGCCCAUAAACGUGGAGUACGGAAUUGGCAACGAGGAGUUCGACGAUGUCGGACGCAUGAUAACGGCGGAGUACGAAAAGUUCUACUUGAUCAAUGUUUAUGUGCCGAAUUCGGGUCGAAAGCUGGUUAACUUGGAACCGCGUAUGCGUUGGGAGAAAUCCUUCCAAGCGCACGUGCAGAAGCUAGAUGCCCUUAAGCCUGUGGUCAUUUGCGGCGACAUGAACGUCUCCCAUAUGCCCAUCGACCUUGAAAAUCCGAAGACGAACACUAAAAAUGCCGGCUUCACCCAGGAAGAGCGCGACAAAAUGACGGAGUUGCUGGGACUCGGUUUUGUGGACACCUUUAGGCAUCUGUACCCCGACCGGAAGGGCGCCUACACCUUCUGGACUUACAUGGCAAAUGCGCGGGCACGCAAUGUUGGCUGGCGACUCGACUAUUGCCUGGUAUCGGAACGAUUUGUUCCUAAGGUGGUGGAGCACGAGAUCCGCUCGCAAUGCCUUGGAAGCGACCACUGUCCGAUCACAAUUUUUUUUAAUGUUUAGAUUAUUACUUUAUGUUUCUGUUUUUCGGACUAAUUCAUCGUCAACACUAAUUUGUUUCCGCUUAAUAUUUGGGUUUUUUUUUAUUGUAUUUAUUUAUCUUAGGCUGUACGACUUGUACGGGCCGAUUUAAUUUGUUAAAAUCUUCAUUACUCUUACAUUCUGUUGUAAAUCGACCAUUCGUAUUGGUGUUUUUCAAUAAAGUUAGCUACUCCCGUC